UCUCCGUUUCUCUCUCACCCGUCACAACAAACUCCAAGACUUAAUUAGAGAAAGAAAUUAAAUGCAGAGCUCCAACCACCAUUUCCAGCAAUCAAACAUGUCCAUCUCACAUUCACACUCCACUUUUAAUUAGCCUCUCUCUCUCUCUUAUCUCCCUCUUCAGCCAAAGCCUCCGCAUUUUUCUGAGGCUAGGGAGAGCUUUUGGGGAUUUCCGAUGUGGAACUCGGCGGAGAACGUGUUCGCGAGAUCGGGGUCGUUUCAGGAGGGAGGGGACGAUGAGGAGGCGCUGCGGUGGGCCGCGCUGGAGCGGCUCCCGACCUACGCCCGAGUACGGCGCGGCAUUUUCAGAAACGUCGUCGGAGACACUAUGGAGAUCGACGUCGGCGAGCUCGAGGCUAAGGAGCAGAAGCCCAAUCUCGACCGGCUUGUUAGCUCCGCCGCCGACGACCCCGAACAAUUCUUCGAUCGCAUGCGCCGCAGAUUUGACGCAGUAGCAUUGAAUUUUCCGAAGAUCGAGGUCCGAUUUCAGAACUUGAAGGUUGAAGCUUUCGUCCAUGUCGGAAGCAGAGCGCUGCCGACUAUUCCCAAUUUUGUUUUUAAUAUGACGGAGGCAAUUGGUAUAUACAGGGGGCAGAGAAGCAAAUUAAUUAUUUUAGACAACAUUAGCGGGAUUAUAAGACCUUCAAGAUUGACAUUACUAUUGGGUCCACCAAGCUCUAGAAUGACUACACUACUAUUGGCUCUGGAAAAGUCAAUUGGAGAAAUUGGAAGGAACACCAGAUGGAAAAAUAAUAAAAUCAUUAAGAAUAAGCUUUAAAGGGCUAGAUGAUACAAAAAAAGCUAUAUUCCUUGAGAUGAAUGUGGAUUUUCAGCAACAGUAGAAACUAGUGUCCUUCGUGAACGAUGUCUUGAAAAUGUUGAACGCAACAAGUUGAAUAUGCAUGAUUUGCUUCGAGAAAUGGCAGAGCAAUCAUUUCGAAAAUUCCCCUGGUCAUCCUGAAAAAUGGAGUAAGUUGUGGAACCCUCGAGAGGUGACCGAUGUGUUGAGAAAUAAAUUUGUAAGUACAUUACCAAUAAAAACCCACGUAUGUCUAUAUACAUUAAACAACAUUCA